AUGAUUUCAAUAUUUAUCAUAAAGGAAAAUAACUUAGAAAAGCUUGAUGAAAGAUUAAAAAAUUACGUGAAUAUAACAACCGAUUUUCAUCAUAUUGGUAUUGUGCUAGACUUGCAAUGUCCUUUGGCGAAAUCGAUUUUAAAAUAUGCUUCAGAUAGUGAAAUUUUUAGCCCAGAAUAUCAUUGGUUGAUUUUCCGCGAUAAAAAUUCUACUCCAAGUAUUUUUCAUUACCUAAAUAUGCCAAUCGGUUCUGAUUUAUUGAUGAUACAGAAACAGUUGUUCACAAAUCAAUGGAUCUUACAUGAAAUGUACAAUCCUGGGAUAUAUCAUGGCGGAACAUUGAGAUAUUUAUAUUAUGGAACAUGGAAUACUGAAAAUGGUUUCGAAAUUCAUGUAAAUGAUAAUUUAUAUACUCGGCGUCAAAAUAGUACCAGAGGACUAGUUUUACGAGCAGGUGUUGUUGUUCGUGUUAAACUUAAAAUACCAAUGUAUGAUUUCUUAAAUGAAGAUGGAUAUUUACUAUUUGAUACAUAUACAAGGUUUCAUCAUCGAAUUGUAGCUAUUAUAAGGGAUAUGUAUAAUCUAAAAUUAAAAUAUAUACGAACUGACGAUUGGAUAAAUGGACUACUUGGAAAUUUAGCAUCUAAUAAACUUGAUAUUGGAAAUAAUGGUGCACGAAUAAGUGUACCACGACGAGCAAUGGUUCAUUUUAGUCCAUUUGGCUUUUAUCCCAUGCGAAUAACUUUUCUAUUUCGGCAUCCAAAACCCAAAACUGGUGGCUUAAGUGAUACAUUUUUACGCCCAUUAACCUAUUCUGUGUGGGGGUUAAGUGUAAUUAGUGCACUUGUAAUUAUUGUAUUAUUGAAAAUAACUGUUAUCACUGAAACGCGUAAAUUAAUUAAACAAUCGGAGUCUGAAAAUACUUGGAGCAUGGCAACGUUUGUUACAUUUGGAGCAGUAGUUCAACAAGGUAUAGAAUUAACACCACACUUAUUUUCUGGCCGACUUAUUAUCUAUACCUUGCUUAUAUUUUCAUCACUACUAUAUCAAUUUUAUUCAGCGAGUGUAGUAUCGUCGUUGUUAAUGGAACCGCCAAAAACUAUAAAAACUCUCAAAGAUAUAUUGGACAGUUCUUUGGAAGUAGGAAUCACUGACGAGCCGUACAUUACGUAUUGGUACAAAGAUAUCCGGAAUCCAAUAGAAGCACAAUUAUAUGAAAAGAAAAUAAUGCGCGAACAUAAAUAUCCGCCACAUAUUUAUUCAUUUCAAACUGGUCUUAAGAAAGUACACGAGGGCGGAUUUGUUUUUGAGAGUUUAGUAACGGUUGUUGGUGGUCACAUAUCCGUGAAUUUAGGAUGGUCGGAACGUGAAAUAUGUGAUUUGACACAAAUUGACAUGCGUCCCGCUGUACGUGUUUUUUUUGUAAGUCAAAAAAGGUCCCCGUUCAAGAAAUUAUUUAAUAUUGGUAUACUUAAACAAGCGGAACGUGGAACUGCUGUACAAGAAAGUAAGAAAUGGCUACUAGAAAUACCACCAUGUACAAUAGAUGCGUUAAGUUCAUCGGUAUUUGCUGUUACAUUCGAAGAGACAGCAAGUGCCUUUGUUGUCCUAGGAUUUGGUAUAAUACUUAGUAUACUUAUUUUGUUUGUAGAAAUUUUUAUACACAAAUGGCAAAACAAACAAAAUUCUCGAUAA